AUGGAAUUUUUCCUAACCAUUGUCCCUUCCACCCCCGCACAGGGUCUCUGCAUUAUCAUCCUGAUCUGCUAUGGUGCCUCUUAUACCCCGGGUUACACGGGCUUGGCCAUCUGCGAGAUGGUGCUUUCCAUCAUCUUCUUCAUCGUCUACACACUGGGACUGAACAAGCAGCUGACUUUUGUGCACUGGGGCUGGAGCGAUUUCAUCCGGGCGGUGAUCGGUGCUUUGCUCUUCCUCAUCACCUCUCUCAUCGUCCUCAUCGGCCACAGGGACGGACCUGGCAUUGCAGCUGGGGUCUUUGGGCUCCUGGCUGGUAUCCUGUUUGCAUACGAUGCCUACAUCACACUCCCCACCCUCCGGAAGAGCCACACAGCUGCCCCCACUGAAUCCCCCGAGGGCGUCUGAGGCAUCUGUCCAGCCCCCACUUUGCUGCCUCCCCCUAAAACCCCCCCCACUGCUGCGGGGGGAGGCCAAAGAACAGACUCCCAUCCCCCCGCAACUCCUCCCCCCUCUAGCUCCCCACCCGGACCCAAGGGCCCCUCCCCUCUCAUGUCUAGAGGCCUUGACAAUGGGGAUCACAUGGGGGAAGCCAGCCCCCCCCAACCCAGCAACUCCCCCCUUUCCCUAGGUUGGCUGCAGCAAGGGUGAGGGCAGGGGGGUCUAGUGGUUAGAACAGGUGUAGGCAGGGAGGGGGUUGGGAGCCAGGACUCCUGGGUGCUAUUGGCAGCUCAGGGCAGGGAGUGGGGGCUAGCGUGCUCUCUCUCUCCCGCUUGUUCCAUAUCAAGUGCCUUUACUCGGACCGUGCCUCAGUUUCCCCUGCACUGACGGGGGGUAACGUUGCCAGGUGUUCAGGGCACAAGGACUCACCAGAACCAGAGCCCAUGGGAUAUUGCAAGGGAAAUAUAUUCAUAUAAGGAGAGGCUUUUUUUAAUUGACUAAACUAACUGCAAGGGACAGGCCCAGGGCAGGGGGCUGGGUGGGGAAUCGCACCUGCGGAGCGGGGGGACACGUGCAUUGAUGUUCAGUGACUCCCCUUCCUCCUCCCCCAUCCCUGGUCCUGCCUGCAGCUUGAGUCAAUUUCUGCUCAUGUGUGGGGGAAAGAAUUAAUAAAAAUACUGAUUAAUGUC